GGGUCAUUAAAAAUCGAGCGAGCUUGGUCAAAGUCGUAUAUUUUUUGUUUAUUAUCAAUUAAUUAUUGUUUUAAGUAGUGUUUACUGAUAAUCAAUGUAAUCAGGACAUUGUAAAUGGUGUGAAAAGUGAAAUCCAUCGUCAUUUUAUUAUGGAGUUUCAUUAUUCCGAUCUUUGUCUACCGACUGACCAUCUUCUGACUGAUCCGUAUGCAGCAGAGUUCACCCCUCAGUAUAUGAUUCCCAACCACAAUGCGGAGUAUGAGGUACGGAGCAGUGUCCUAGUGGACGGAGGAGACAGAUUCGGAGUCUCCGCAGUGGUAUUCGACAAGUUCGAAGAGUUAAUAUGGAUGGGAAAUCAAGGUGGUCAUGUGACAUCAUAUUACGGACCAAGCAUGCAAAAAUACACAUCAUUCCAAGUACAUGAGUCAGAGGAAGUAAGGGACAUAAUCACAGUUGAACAAGGCAUCUACUCUUUGACCAAGACCGCUCUACGUCACCAAAUUAGAAGAGGCAUCCCUAAAAAUACCUAUAGGUCAGACAACAUGACAGACAUGCAAUGUCUUUACCAAGUAAGCACUACAAAACUCUUGAUGGGAGGACACCAAGAUAAACUGCUCGAGUUGGAUCUCACUAAAAUGAAGGACACAGUCAUUCCUAUCCAAGAAGAAGGUUGCGCCGUACUCCGUAGCGGUGGUGGAUCUCUUGUAGCCUGCGGAAGCGCUGACGGAAUGGUGGCCCUUCGCGACAUAAGGACGCCUAAAGCGGCCGAGCAUACGUUUAGAGCUCACACGGCUUGCCUCUCAGACCUGGACAUGCAAGGUGACCUGUUGAUCACUUGUGGAUUCACACAGUCAUCGGGUGGCGCGGUAGCGGAGCCAUACGUUGUAGUGUGGGACGUCCGCUGCCUUCGCGGUAUGAACGCAGCGGGCGGGGGGGCGUGGUCUCUCCAGACCCGCUCCCCUCCCCUCUUGCUUCACUUCCUACCCGCGUUCUCGGGCAGAGCGGUCGCGUUGUCGGCCGAUGGUCACGUGGCAUUACUGCAUUUGAAUGCGCCUGACACUGAGAACCAGUCAGUAUUCCAGGUGGACACACACAGUUCGGUAUGUAGCGUGAUGGACGUGUCUUCCACCAGCCAAGCGCUCGCGUUCGGGGACCAGGCUGGCCAUCUCCAUCUGUUCUCGCCGCAGCACAACCACGAGCCCGUGUUCAAUAACUUUUCAAGAGCAACAGAAUUCGCAGACCAAGUAGUAGGCUUGCCGUUCGCCAACUUUAACGACACAAAUUUCCAAUAUUCGUCAGUUCCACUGCCGCAACUCUCGUGUGGCCCAAAAUGGUUUAACGUACUCCCCGAAGAAUUCUUCAAGAGGAAUUUCAGGAGACCAAAGCCAGUGGAUGCAGAAGUGCUCAAAACAAUGAAAAUGCAAGGACCUAUAGGAUAUGCACCAAACCCUAAGACUUUUAAAAGGAAUCAGAUGCCGUACGUAGAAGAUAAUUUUGAAGAUUUGAACGCAGCGAAACUAAACGAAAGUAAAUACAGCCCACAACCAAUUCCCAAGCAUUAUCAAAAGGUUGAGUUACGAUACAAUAAACACGGACCUAAUGAUAUUGACUUGGAAAAUUGUAACAAAACGGGCUUUCCAGGGAUCGAAGCUACAUUACCAAAUUCGUAUUGUAAUUCAAUGCUUCAGGUCCUUUACUACACACCCCCAGUCAAGUCUACACUAUUAGCUCACACAUGUGCUAAAGAAUUUUGCCUUAGCUGUGAAUUAGGGUUCUUAUUCCGAAUGCUGGAUACGUCUGGCGGCGCAGCGUGCCAAGCGAAUAACUUCCUUCGGGCGUUCCGAACGGUGCCUGAGGCUGCGGCGUUGGGUCUCAUACUGCCAGACCGCGGGCCGGCGCCUCGGGCUGACCUGAUAGCGCUUAUACAGAGCUGGAACCGCUUCAUCCUCCACCAGAUCCACUACGAAAUACUAGAAACGCGAAAGAAAGAGAAGGAGCUAGCGAUACUAACGCAAAACAGUAGUCCGCCGAAAGCGCGGGUUGCCAACGCGAAGCAACCGAGAAGUUUGGCAACGCCGCACAUGAAUGGACAAUAUACUGCAGAGGAGUAUCAGUACACGGAGUUAGAGUUCCUAGGACCGUCUACGGAGUUUGAACCGGAGGAGUUUGGGAGGGAAUUGAGGGAAGAUGGGUGGCAAGCUAGAGAAGAGGGGGCAGUUGAGACAGAACCAGUAACGAAUUGUGAGAACCAUGAGCUUCCAAACAAUCGUCACGUGGAACGUGAGGAGUCUGAGAUAUCGCACUUGUUCGCCAUUGGACGCAACCAGUUGAACAGGUGUCUGAAGUGUAACAAAGAGGAAGAACGCGAAUCAGUAGUGUUAGCGUGCGCGCUUCAAUACCCAACGGGCGCGCCGCGCGAAGGUGGCGACACUCGCGGCGGCUUCGUGGAACUAGUGCGGGCGUCACUUGCAGCACGACGUAGCACGCCGGCCUGGUGCGAACACUGUUCGCGAUUCACGCCUACCACGCAGCGAGGACGCAUCGUGAGGGACUUCGUGGAACUAGUGCGGGCGUCGUACGCCGGCCUGGUGCGAGCACUGUUCGCGGUUCACGCCUACCACGCAGCGAGGACGCAUCGUGAGAGGCCAAUGGAAGAUCGGUUCACGCCUACCACGCAGCGAGGACGCAUCGUGAGUGCGGGCGUCACUUGCGGCAAGACGCAGUACGCCGGCCUGGUGCGAGCACUGUUCGCGGUUCACGCCUACCACGCAGCGAGGACGCAUCGUGAGGUGGCGACUCGCGGCGGCUUCGUGGAACUAGUGCGGGCGUCACUCGCAGCUAGAUGUAGUACACCGGCCUGGUGCGAGCACUGUUCGCAGUACACGCCUACCAUGCAGCGAGGACGCAUCGUGAGAGCCAAAUGGAAGAUCCCUUCAUGUUCACUACCUAGCCUGGACGCAUCGGGAGAUAACGCGCCGCGUGACGGUGGCGACACGCGCGGCGGCUUCGUGGAACUAGUGCGGGCGUCACUCGCAGCAAGACGUAGCACGCCGGCCUGGUGCGAGCACUGUUCGCGGUUCACGCCUACCACGCAGCGAGGACGCAUCGUGAGGCUACCACCAAUACUAGCCAUCAACUGCGGGGGACCACACGAAAAAGCAUAUUGGAUGAAAGGCAACCAGAAAGAUGUGCCAGAAGUGGUUAGAAGGGGUGGCAGCAGUAAACCAUGUCGGUACGGUUUACAUUGCGCCAGGCCUGGAUGCAGAUUCAAGCAUCCUGACAGACCGGCGUCCGCAUCGGCGUCGUCUAGACGGAGCGAGGUGCGCGACACGCACUGUGUGUUACCGCAUAGGCUGAUGAUCCGGCUGCAAGCUGAUGGGGACGUUAUUAUCAAUGAUAAGACUGAACAGUCUCCCACUGAGCCUCACACGCCUCGAAAUAAGCCGGACAAACACAAAAAGCCGGUGACCACGCAAUCAGAAGAAGAGUAUAUCUUACAAGCGGCAGUUGUGUGUGUGGAAGACAACCCUAAAAAUCUGGUCGCGUACGUCCAAACUAAUAAAGAGGACGCCCAGUGGCACCUAUUUAACGAUUUAAGUAUCGUUCCGGUGAGUGAAGAGGAAGUGUUCCAAUUCGGUACCUGGUGGAAGACUCCAUGCGUGUUGUUCUACUCCACACUGGCAGCGAGGGUAACCCCGCCCGAGGAGGCAGUGCCCUCAUAGCCGACGUUUAUGUAUGGGCCAUAUAGCCAGCGGUCUAUGGGCCCAUACGAAAUGAACGCCAUGUUCUACCAACUACCGCAAGACGCACACUACGGCUACGUCCAACAGACGUAUUAGCUCAAGUGAUUCCAAGUAAAGUGAACUGAACAAAAUGCAUAUUUUAACAUUGUGAUAGGUAGGUAAGCUAGAAUUAUAGAUUUAAGAGAGCGAGACCCACACAAUACUGUUUGCGUUCCAUACGCUUGUAGUUUUAUUAUUUAUUUAAAUUAUUAAUUAGUAAUAAUAAUUUUUAAUACAUACAAAAGUCGUGCAACAUAAUAAUUCACCUCAGUAGAGCAAUAAAGUGUAAAAUAAAAUAUUUUUGUUAAUAUUAAUAAUGUGUUAAACGACUUUUGUAAUGGCAUCACAAUGUUAUUUUAACAAUACAUCAUCGUUGAUGUAGUCCGGGAGCCACACCCGUGAAUUAUCAACAUAUUGAAUUCACAAUUUAAUUAUAAAGUGUUUUAAGAGCAAUAAAUUAUUAUUUUUAUCCGUAUGGAAUGCAAAACGUUUAGUGUGCGAUAUUCUCAUAAUAAUCCGUUGGUGAUUGCGCGAGUACUGGUACGUCCAUAUUUUGUGAUGCAUGACGAGAGUGUACUUAUUGGCUAUAAAUAAUUUUAUCGAUGGAAUAGGCGGGAUACGGAAGAAUUACUUGUUUUAACGAUGCACCCGGUGGGAGAAUGCGACUGUUUAAGAGAACCGUUGUUAUUUUGUAUAAUACAGUGUGAGUCACGUUAAAGUGUACAUAUGAAAAUAGAUGAAACUAGACCUAUUUUUAUCGACAAAAAAGAGGUCAAAAAUUUUUUGAGAUUUUUUUUUAAUUUUUUAUAGAAUUUUUUUUCUUCCAAUUACUUAUUGUAAAGAAAACGUAAUAACUUUUAAACUAAGCGGUAUAUCCUGAUAAAAUAAAAACAGUAAUAAUGUUAAAUAACAGGCGAUACUAAACAAAUACAUAAAAAACACAAAAAAGGCCAACAAAUAAUAAAAAAUGAUACUUUUUAAAAAAAAUCUGCUUUUAAAUUCGUGUUUUUUUGGUUAUUUGAUAAAUUUCUCCAAAAAAUGCCCCUAUAACCGGUGGUUUUUAUUACUUUGUAUUAUUCUCUAUCGUAUUACCUUCGUAAAACCAAAAAUCUCAUGUCUCUAUCCCUAUCACAACGUUUGCAAUGAUCGUUUGAACUAAGCCUCUCCGGGCGCGCCAUUCAACGCUUCGUUAACAACGAAACUGAAAAUGGCUCUAGAUUUGUAAUUUUGAUAAAGACAAGUUAGAUUUCAAAUAAAAACAAAAGAUUUCGAAGUAAAAUAAGCAUUUUAGUAAAAAUUAAAAUUGUCUCUACCUGUAGCGGAGAAUAAUGUUGUGGCAGGCCUUUGUUCAAACGAUCAUAGCAAAUGUUGUGAUAGGGAUAGAGACAUGCGAUUUUUGGUUUUACAAAGAUAAUACGAUAGAGAAUAAUACAAAGUAAUAAAAACCACCUGUUAUAGGGGCAUUUUUUGGAGAAAUUUAUCAAAUAACCAAAAAAACACGAAUUUUUAAGCAGAUUUUUUUCAAAAAGUAUCAAUUUUUAUUAUUUGUUGGCAUUUUUUGUGUAUGUUCUGUAUUUUUUUAGUAUCGCCUGUUAUUUAGCAUUAUUACUGUUUUUAUUUUAUCAGGAUAUAUCGCUUAGUUUAAAAGUUAUUACGUUUUCUUUACAAUAAGUAAUUGGAAGAAAAAAAAUUCUAUUAAAAAUAAAAAAAAAAUCUCAAAAAAUUUUUGACCUCUUUUUUGUCGAUAAAAAUAGGUCUAGUUUCAUCUAUUUUCAUAUGUACACUUUAACGUGACUCACACUGUAUAAGCUUAAGUGAGGCUGCGUACAUUGACAAGUUCAAGUAUGGGUUGUCGAUCAAUUGCAAAAUAGUAUUUUUUAUUUUAUUUCAAUGGAGGAGGCUUUUGCGUAGUUUGUCUUGUUAUAUCUUUAUUGGGGAAAAUCAAAAUCAAAAAUAUUUAUUCAGUUUAGACCACAAGUGGCACUUAUGAACGUCAAUAGAAAAUAAUAAAAAAAGAAAAGGGAGCCCUUAUGGGGCACUUUACAUGUCUCCUUAUCUUUUGGGCCCUACCAGCGCUUCGAGACAAACAUAUGGCAAGUGCUGAGAAGAAACGCCGGAACAAACUCAGUCACCACUUAUUGCCAGGAAUUAUCUAACGGUAAGAAUAGUCAAAUUUAAGUACAUCAAAUAUGUGCAGACUGAACUGACCACGCAUCCUUGUCAUCAAUAUAGUCUCGAACCUUGUAGUACCCUUUGGACAUAAGGGUAUUUUUUAUAUGUAUCUUAAAUUUGUUUAUUGGCAAUUCGACAAGGUUGUGUGGUAUUUUGUUAAAUAAGUUAGUCAUGUUUGAAUCUUUAUCCAUGUAAGUUUACAUUAUGUAUUACGUAACUGAUAUGUACUCCGUACAUUUUUACUGCUUACGUUUGCCAAUUUACGAUGUAACUACGUACCAUAGCAAUAUUAGUUCAAUUGAAGAUUUGAAAUUGCUGACAAUCCUUUGCAACAGAACAAUGUCAAGAGCCAUACAAACAAAGUCAAAUAAUACACCUAUUGUUGCCUUCAGAUCCAAAGUGCCUGCAUAACUGUGCCACAAAUGCUAUUUUAUAAGAUAAAGAAACAGUAGCAUUCCCCCGCCGGUCUCAGAAGUUAUAAUAGCCACAUGUGUUCCUAACUUAAACUUAUAAAACAGUCGACCGUAUUUUAAAACGUGUGGAGGCUCAAAAAUUCUUGUGGUAUAUAGAAUUUUGUUAUGUUUUGUGAUAGCAAACAAUUUAAAAGUUAAUAUUGAAGAAAAUAUAUUUUUAUGAUACUGUCCCCAGCAUAAUAAUGUCCUGAUGUAUUUUUUUUAAAUCAUAUAACAAUUUUACUGCACGUUCGACGACUUCUUAAAACAAAUUCUACAAAUACAACAGCUGUUUUUAAUCGAAGAGUCUGGAUACAAAUUAUGUGUCUACAAAUAAUUGUUACACAAAAUCAGUGAAAGUUGUCAAUCUAUGUUUCUAUAAUGUAAGUAUUUUUGCCGUGGCCUCCCGGUCUAUAAAUUUGAAAGAGCGUAAGGUAUGAAAUAGAAGACGGGAAUAGUAUUCUGUAGGCCUAAGAUGCGCGCCGCGAUAAGCGGUUAUCACGCCAUUUUAUCGAUUUUGCCCAUACAUUUUGGCGUCGAUAAAAGUUAUCACGGCGUGCAUCUUAGGCCUACUGAUGUGUUUUGGACUUUAUGGAAUUCUUUUAAGGCUGGAACUAUUUUCAUGCGCGCAGGCAUAAAGCUUGUUAACCAUUCUGAUAAAAUAAUGCUUUUUGAUGCGCCGAUUUAACGCGUUCAAAUUUUGUUGAAAAUAUACCUUGUUGAGGCAAUUUAAAUCCCUAAAGAUCAAACUGAAUAGAAUUAAUGCAUAUAAACGAAUUGGCAUAUUUUUGUCCGGUCAUAAAGUUAUUAUGAAUUAAAUUUACACAUUUUGAAUUUAUAUUAUCAAUGAUAUUAUCAGAUCAUCACUAGUCCAGUCAAUAAAGCAUUAUAGAUGGAAAACUGUAGAACACAAUUUCUGACUUCAGGACUUUAUUUAGACUAGUUAGGAGGUGAACAUACCAAAAGUCCCCGCCCUUAGCCCUUGAGCCGGCGGGGAGAGGGGGAUUUAAAGGUGCCACUUUUCGGUUUUUCGCUUAAUCCUCGCAAACUAUGCGUCCUAGUGACAUGACUACUUUGAACCAAAAAAAGCAUAUUCAAUUUGCUACAGGUGAGAUGGACAAGUUUUUCUAUAAAUUGUAUAGUUUUCGCGGCAUCUGCUCUAGAAGGUCUGUAAUAUUGGAAAUUUUAUUUUUGUCUUAUAUGUUCCCAUCAGGAGAAAAUCGACUAAAUCAACAUUGAGCAAUUAUUCUAGACAUGCGGGAGCAUGUUAAGCCUAGUUCCUGCGAGGGGACUACACCGUGCGUAUAUUUAGACGAAUCACUUUGAGCCACUUUUGACUCCUCAUCACUCAAAAACUACUGUGCAUUAACACUUCAAAUUUGGCUCAUGUGUUGAGACUUGCAAGAUAUACAUCAGUUUCAAAUUUCAUAAAUAUGCCUCAAACGGUUCUUUAGAUAAUGACGUCCAAAAAUCUACAUGUCUGACCUAUAGACCAAAUUCUAACCACUUCCAGAUGACCUCGAAGGUUCAAAUUUGGCAUCCAGAAAGGUAGUUAUGUAAAUACAAAGGAACAAAUAAAAAACCAGUAAAUUUUAACAUUUCACAUGUGAUAGAUAGAUUUUAGUGCUCUAAAUAUCGAUUUUUGAACGUCAAUACCUAAAUAACCGUUUGAGGUAUAUUUAUGAAAUUUGAAGCUGAUGUAUAUCUUGCAAGUCUCAAUACAUGAGCCAAAUUUGAAGUGUUAAUGCACAGUAGUUUUUGAAUGAUGAGGAGUCAAAAGUGGCUCUAAUUGAUUCGUCUAAAUAUACGCACGGUGCAGUCCCCUCCAUGGAACUAGGCUUAACAUGCUCCCGCAUGUCUAUAGUGUUUGCUUAAUGUUGAUUUAGUCGAUUUUCUCCUGAAAGGAACAUGUAAGACAACAAUAAAAUUUCCAAUUUUACAGACCUUCUAGAGCAGAUGCCGCAAAAACUAUACAAGAUAUAGAAAAUCUUGACGGUCUCACCUGUAGCAAAUUGAAUAAGCUUUUUUUGGUUCAUAGUAGUCAUGUCACUAGGACGCAUAGUUUCCGAGGAUUAAGCGAAAAACCGAAAAGUGGUACCUUUAAGCCCCCCUCUCCCCGCCGGCUCAAGGGCUGAGGGCGGGGACUUUUGCUAUUUUCACCACCUAACUAGGCUAAAUAAAGUCCCGAGGUCAGAAAUUGUGUUCCACGGAUUUCUCUCUACACCGUCGUUAAGGCAUUCAUUGACUGGACUACACGUGUACAAAUUUUUACAGAUUUAGAUACAAUAACUGAACUACGAAAUCAAAAACUAAAUCCACGGUAAACACAAAAACUGAAUGUUACUUGAACAAAAGAUGAACAAUACGAUUUAUAUACAUGUUUUUUCUGGAAAGUCUAUAUUUACUAUGGAUUUAGAACUGGGGGGUUACUCCGAAAAACGUUAUCCUAACGUUAUCGAAUGUUGCCAUCCCUCUCACGCAAAGCGAGAUGCCAGCAUGAGCGACAGUGACAGAUAGAACGCGUUUUGGAGUAGCCCUGCUGGUUAGAAUUUAUAUUUAACAUGCUUGUUUUUGUUUAUCCGAAAGACAAUAAAAGUUUUCCAAGCCGUCAUCAUUUUGGGCAUUAUGUUCUUUUCGAAAUGUAGGUUCUUAUUUACUUGUUAUUUAGGCCCAGUUUUUUGAUUCUUAGUUAAAAUAACUAAUUGUUAAAUUUAGCUACUAAUGGUUAAAUAUUAACAAAAUGUAAACUAAUAGUUAAAAAAUGUACUAAAAGUCACGCUAACCAUUGUUCGAAAAACAUUUUUUUCUGAUAUUUAACCACUUGUCAUUUGACAUCUGUCACAUUUGACCAUUGGUUAUUUUAACUACGAAUCAAAAAACCGGGCCUAAAUGAAUCGCGGUAAAUUAACAGGCUGUUAUAUUUUUAUGGUUGUGAUUUGUAUGUUUUUGAAAUACCUACGUCAUUUUACACUUCUCCUUUGUUAUCGUCACAAUCAGUAUUUUUGAUUCUCAUAAAUUAUUACGCUCGAUUCUACGCUUAAAUUAUGGUGGCUGGUUUUAAAUAAAAUAAAAAGUAAAAUUUUAAAA